AUGGAAAUAAGCAACGAUACCACAGAAAUAUUCUUUGAUUGUCAAACGAAAAGCUUCUUUUCGUUUUUUAGGGCUGUUCAUGUGACUGUAAAGUCCAUAACCAUUAGAAAUGCUCUUUUAUCAGAGACCGUUUCACUUGAAACUGUUACAUUUGAAAAUUGCAAGCUCUAUAAUAUUCUCUAUUCGGAAAAUGCACAAGUGAAUCGAAUAGACACCCUAAAGUUCCACCAUUCAAGAAUAGAUGGCCUUCACCUUGAUGCGAUUUAUAACCUCGAAAUAGACUCUUCAAAUGUUACCAAUUCAGUAAUUUAUUCCUCCACAACUUUUCCUGGAAAUCCGGGUGCUAAUGUGACCAUCAUCAAUUCACAUUUACAGAAUGUGAAUUAUCAUUCAUUCACAGAUGUCGACGGAGUAGACUACAAUGAACUGUUUUUAAUGAAAAACAGCGUAUGUGAAAAUUCUGUAUUCCAAAUCAAACGAUUUAAAUCAGUUCUUUUUGAAUUAGUUGACUUCCAAGAUAAUAAUUACAUGUUUCAAUACUUUUCCUUCGUAGUGACCCUAAUGACAUGUCAAUCCAAUGGAAUCUUCAACAUGCAAUUCGAGGGCAUUGAUAAGCUGAUCAUUGAAAAUAGCAAUUUUUAUAACUCACAUCCUUUCCAAAGUCCUUAUGAAGCAUUGUUGGAAAUCACGAAUGGCUAUCGAACGUUCAUGGCAACAUGUCGUUUUGAAAAUAUUUCACAACCAGCAUUAGUGGUGAAAGGAGUUGCUGUUUUUACGACAGCUAUGGUAGAUUUUAGUAACAUUGAUGGAGGAGCUCUGUUGAUCGACUCGAGUACCUUGUCCACCUCUACGAUCAGCAUUGGUCCCAGUUCGUUUACAAAUAUCAGCAACUUGAAUGGCAAUGGAGGAGGAAUUUGUGUCUUGAAUGGAGAUUAUGUGAAAGUGGAAGCAACCUUCAAGUGGAACAGAUCCCUUAAUGGAGCGGGUGCUUACAUUGAAGCGAAUGCCCCUGUGGUUGAUGUUGUUUGUCAUCAAAAUCAUGCCCUUCAGAAUGCAGGAUGCGUUUAUAUCAAGCCAUUGAAAAUAUAUGGAACCAUAGAAGGAAGUGGUAUUGUGGCCACGAACAAUACUGCCUUAAGAGGAGGAGCAGUGUUUUUUGACAGUCCUAUGGAUGACUAUACAACGAUAUCCAUCAUUAAUUGCUAUAAUAAUUUUGCAUCUUAUUCGGGUGGAUGCAUUUACAGUACAAAAUCGAUUGACCUUUCUCAAACGUUUAUGGAAUUUUUAGGAAAUGCUGCUCUUUCCUAUGGACCAUUUCUUGGAGGGCCUCUUGCGAACAUUUCAUUCACGUUUGAGAUUUUCUAUAAUGAUAUUGUGAAAUUUACCUCCCAUGACUUUUUAACAUUAAAUAUUUAUCCUGGACAACAAAUACCAACCAUGAACAUCACCAUAGAAACAAUGAACCAAGAAGGAAAAUAUGAACGAGUGAACGUGUUGCAGUUUCCCAUUUCAGUGGUGAUUGACAACUCGAGUGAUGCUAUCACGAACCUCGGAACUGUCCAAAAGUCAAAUUUUGAAAUUCGGGAAUUUUCAAUCUCUAUUUUCUCUCCUUCUGUUACUGAAAUUCCUUCUCAAAUUUUGAUAGAAAAGUAUUAUCCAUUGAAUUUUACAAUCAAUGUGAAAGAUUGUCCAUUUGGAACAAGAUUACUAUUUUUAGACUCGUAUGGUUUCACUUGCGUGACGGUGCAUCUCGAAAUUUUAAUUCCAGUUCUGGCCAUCUCAGGAGCAGCCUUAAUUGUCACUAGUAUUUUCCUUCUCUAUGUGUUGGUUAAAAGUUUGAGAUACUUUUAUAGGAAAAUGCAAAUUUUGAAACAAAAAGAACAAGCAGAAAAAACAUUGGAAGCAAGGAUCAUUGACAAGAAAGUUAUAUUCUCACAUCAAGAUGAUGAAUCCAGUCCAUUAGUGAUCAAUGAUACAUUGAAAAAAAAGAAUGGCAAUUCAAGAACAUCCGUGACAUCUAUGGUUCAUUCAUCGUCGUCCUUGGGACCAACCAUUAUUCCCAUUGAGGAAAUUGAAAUUGUUAAAAAGAUUGGAGAAGGUUCCAAUGGAACUGUGUAUCAAGCCAAAUGGAAAGAGAAUCAUGUUGCCUUAAAAGCGAUCAAAUUCAAUGAUAGCGCUGAUCAGGAAGAGUUCGAACGAGAAAUUGCAUUAUUGAACUCCAUUCAACAUCCUUCAAUUGUCAAAAUGAAAGGAAUCUCAAUUUCUGGCUCAAAAACGUACAUGGUUCAAGAAUACUAUCCAAAAGGUAGUCUUGAUAAAGUCAUUUACAAUUGCAAGGUUGGCAAUGACGUGCUCACACUUCACACGAAAUUGAAAAUUCUCCUUGGAGUGGCGAGAGGAAUGGCCUAUCUUCAUUCUUUAACUCCACCCAUUAUUCACAGAGAUUUAAAACCUGGAAAUAUAUUAAUCGAUUCCAAUGAUCAUGGCCAUAUCUGUGAUUUUGGUCUUUGUCGAGUCAUGGGCCAUAGUUAUACGGCAACUAAAAAUAUUGGAACCAUCUUUUACAUGGCCAAUGAAAUUAUCAAUGAUAGUCCAGGAUAUAAUGUCAAAGUAGAUGUCUUUUCAUUUGGUAUCAUUAUGUGGGAAGUAUUCUUUGAAGAAAAUCCUUAUUUAAAUGAAAAAUCAAUGAAAAUUCACAAAUUCCACACCAACAAUCCAUUCACUAACAAAAAUAGUGGAAGUGACGAAAAUGGAGUGAAUAUCCUAUUCAAAGUCAUGAAUGGAAUGAGACCUAUCAUUCCAUUCACAUCCAACAGAGUCAUGACACACAUUUCAUCGCAAUCAUCAUUCGAAACAGAGGCACAAGUUUGGAUUGAGGAAUUUAUUCAACCACAAAAUUCACAUCUCUCACUAGAUACCUUAAUGGACGUUUCUAAUGAAUACAUCAAUUUAAUGAAACAGUGUUGGGAUGAAAAUCCAACCAGGAGACCAACAUUUGUACAGAUCGUGAAAAUUUUGGAAUCUCUUUCACAACAUUGUGCCAAUGGCCAUCAAUGA